UUCCGCCGCCUCCUCCCUGCUCUGACAAGCGGGGCGGGGCGGCGUCAUGUGGGCCGCCAGACCGGGAAGCGCCGAGUCGAGCGGAGCCGGGAAGGAGGAUGGUCGGCUGGAGCUGGGGCCGGGCGCUGCUGUCGCCCGCCGCGCUGCUCGUCGUGACGCAGCUCGUGUGGGCGCCGGACCCGUAUGGAGAAGAGUGCAGGAGUAAAACAUACCCUCCUUCAGGACCAACGUUCAAAGGGAAUGUACCCACUUAUGUCAUAAAUCUUGAUCUACCUCCCAGCAAAAGAUGGGAUAACUUGAUGCGUGACAAAAAGACAGAGUUGAAGACUGUGAUCCAGAAUAUAAAAAGUAUAGUAAAUACCUUCUUCCCCAGCGGCAAAGUUGUCGACAUAGUGGAUAAGAAAGUAGCUCAUCUGACUGCCACGCUUCCUUAUCCUUUCAAUGAAGAACUCCAAGGGAUUGCAAAUUCCUCUGGGAUUCCUUUGGGGGAAAUUGUUAUUUUUAACAUCUUCUAUGAAAUUUUUACUGUAUGUACAUCCAUAGUUGCAGAAGAUAAAACAGGGAAGCUGUAUCAUGCCAGAAACUUGGAUUUUGGACUCUUUCUUGGGUGGGAUGUCAAAAAUAAUUCCUGGACUAUAACUCGGGAAUUGAAGCCUAUAGUGGUAAGCCUGGACUUCCAGAGAAACAACAAGACAGUAUUCAGGUCCACCAAUUUUGCAGGAUACAUAGGCAUGGUGUCUGGAGUCAAACCGGACUUGUUCACGCUGACAAUGAACGAGCGUUUUAGUCUUGAUGGCGGUUAUAUUGGAAUCUUCGAGUGGUUUCUUGGUAGAAGAGAUGGGAUGUGGAUGGGCUUUCUUACAAGAACAGUAUUAGAGAAUGCAACAAGUUACCAGGAUGCAAAAGAGAGACUGACAAAUACAAGACUGCUGGCUCCAGCUUACUUUAUACUGGGUGGAAAAAAUUCUGGAGAAGGAUGUGUGAUCACUCGUUCCAGGACAGCUGCUCUGGAUAUUUGGGAACUUGAUAUCAAGAAAGGCACAUGGUAUGUGUUGGAAACAAACUACGAUCGCUGGAAGCCUCCGCUGGUCUUGGAUAAUCGCAGAACACCUGCAAUGAAAUGCCUGAACCAGACAAUGCAAGAGAACAUCUCCUCGCCAGCAAUUUACGAUGUUCUCUCCACAAAGCCUGUCCUCAACAAGCUGACUGUGUGCACAACGCUGAUGGAGGUGGACAAAGGUCACACAGAGACUUACCUGCGGGAGUGCCCAGAUCCCUGUAGCCCUUGGUAGUCCUGCACCUUUCCUGUGUUGGAAGCUGCUUGUCCAAACUGCAGGUCCUCCAAGAAAAAAAUACUUGUGGAAAAAACGAUUCCUCAGACUAACUCCUUUCUUCAGAAAUCUAAUGGCUAUAUAGAAAUGUCAAUGAGCUUCUAACCACGGAGGACCUUAUCUCACACUGGACUUUUUUGCUUUCUGCUCAGCAGUUCUGCUGAUGAGAAAUGUGUACUAAUGAAUGCGUGGUUUGAUUUCAGCCGUUUCUGACCAAUGAGUUCAGCAGUUAGCUCGAGAUCGCGUCAGUCUUGACAGUGUUCUUGAUUUGGUUGUUGGUUUCUGGGUUUGUUACUUUUUUGUUGUUUGGUUGGGGUUUUUUACCUUAAAAUACUUCUAAAGCACACGAGUUAAAAUGGCACCUACCAAGCUUGAAAAAGAACUGGGUACAAGAAGGCCAUCUGGGACAGUAGCGUUCUGUUAGUCUUUGCUGAGCACUUCAGAUGAGUUGCUAGUGUUCCGGUCCAAUAUGCUCUAAUAUGUUAUAAAGUAACCUGCCAAGCAUCAUCUCUAGUCUUGGGGAAUAUCGACAAAGUCUUGGGGAAAUAGCAAUAAACAGGGUCUCGAGGAAAUACCAACAAAUCAGAGCCAUUUUUCACUGGCUUACAGAUCUCUUGCUAAAGCUCUUUCCUGGCCUGUUAACAAAUUUAAUACAGAUUUUUCUGUCUCAAAAAAAUAAAGAGUAAUAUAAUAAAUAUUCUUAAUAACUACUUUCUCUGACCAAAGUACAUGUGCACUGAUUUCAUACCCCUGUGGAAUUCACCGUGUGUGUGUUACAUACAACAUGGCAGAGGGGGGGUUCAUUUCCAAAUAAACUGAUUUUAAAAGUGUCUGAAAAA